UUUCUUUUUCCAUCCAAAACAAACUGCAAAAACAGAAGCCUAAAAACAAAGCCAAGCUAAACGGCUCAAUUUUUAUGUGUGUUUUUUUGUUAAACAAAUUAAUAAUAGUUUAUAAUGAAUUUCCAAUUUGUUAUACCUUGUUCAAAUUCUGAUUUAUUAAAUUCAGAAGGAGACAAUUAUUAUGUGAAACAUGUUUAUUCGGCCAACGAUAUUCCAGAUCAAUUAAAAGAAUGUAGAAAAGCUAUAACAAGUGGAGGCGAUCCAUUUUACAUAUUUGACAAUUUCGAUGCGUUCUUCUCAGCGCUAGAAAAUGCUGCAACAGUUCCAAUUAUUUAUCUUAUGAGAAGCUUUGACUUGCUCUUUAUUACGGCCGACAAAAUGGGUCAGAAACUGUCGCAGUUUCUGGCUACUACCGAUGGCGCGCCGCCUGGAGCACACGAUCGAAAUUCAUUUUUAAAUUUAACUAAAAUGACAAUGUAUCUUUUUGUGAAUAUGGUCAAAACUAUUGAUCAUGUGAUUGCACAGUCACAAGGCGGGAAUGUGAAAAAAGGAAAGAAGAAUGCAAGCGAAUUGGAUUCUCAUCCAGAUUGGGAACAGAAAAGGUUUAAGUUUUUGGUGCAGAUAUUCAAUUUGAUGCAAUUGCCAUUGGAACGCCUUUGGAAUCCACCAAUACCGGAAGAAGCAUUCGUUAAUUUACUAACAGACAUUUCAUAUCGUACCUUAGAAAUGCAAACAUCAGCGGCUCGAGAAAAACAUACCAGCGAUACGCUGUUUCAAAUUUUCGGUACUGCAAUCAAGCGUUUUAACCAUGCAAUCACUUUUCCUGUGCGCAUUCUACAAAUUUUAAGAACCUGUGAAAACGCCGCUGCCCCCAUUGCUAAUGGUAUCCACCUUUUGCACGAAGACUAUGGCAUAUCAAGUAUCUUCUCUGUUUUAAUUCGAGACAUUGUAGAAACUCUAACUGUGGAGUCAGCAGACACAGCAAUCUCGAGGAAUUUUUCAAAUUUCCUAACCGAAUUGAGUUGCACAUCACCAAAAAUGAUGAUUCCUCAUCUAUCGACUCUGAGUGAAGAGCUUUUAAAUUGCGAAUCACAUGUGCUACGCAAUUGUAUUCUUCAAAUUAUGGGUGAAGCUAUUAUCGGCGAGUUAACAUCUGAAGAAUUAACCGAAGAUUUGAAGGAAGCACGUGAUGAAUUCUUGGAGAAUCUUUUACUUCACAUAAAUGAUGUUUCGGCACAUGUACGUGCUAAAGUAUUACAAAUUUGGACUCAUAUGAAAGAGGAAAAUGCUGUGCCACUUUCAUUUCAGCAUAAAGUCCUGAGUGAAACAGUAGAUCGUUUGGAGGAUAAAACAUCGAGUGUGAGAAAGAAUGCAGUGAUUUUGAUUAAAUCGUUUCUUGAGCGUAAUCCAUUUGCUGCCAAAUUGACUUUGCAAGAAUUGAUAAACAAACACGAAGAAGAAUGUGCUAAAAUGGAGAAAUUGAGUGAAGUUUUGGCAGAAGAGCGCAAAAAAGCUGAAGACUUGGAUGAACAAUGGAAUUUGGUUAUACCUGAACUGUUUCCAUUUGUUGAAGAAAAUCUUGUUCAAUGUACACAAGAAAUGCAUGAGACUCAAGAAAACUAUGAAGACCUUGUUACCCGAAUUUCUGGCCUUUUAGUUGAGAAGAAAUACAAAGAUGCUGUAGGUCUUGUGAGGAAAGCUGAUUUCGUUGCUGGCAAUUCAGAACUAAGACACACACUUAAAUUAGAAGAACAAUGCGCUUACUACAUAGCUCUUCUCAAAUCUUACAUGUUUUUAGCAAAUGGUUGUAGGGACAGUAACGAAGAAUUCGGUACACAAAUAAAAACUGUUCAAUUUCUUCAAGACUCUAUUGAGUUCUCCAAGGUUAUUACAAAAGCAGUUCCAAAAAUUCAGGAAAUGCUUCUCUCAAAGACAAACAGUGAUGUAUUUGAAGCAGUUGAUCUCUUCACAACCGGAUAUCUUUUUGGAAUCAAAGGAACUGAAUGCGGAAUGCGUCGCAUGUUGUAUUUGGUGUGGUCCAGUGACAAAGAGAAACGUGAUGCUGUAUCGAAUGCUUAUAAAAAAGUCCUAUUCACUACCGAUGAAACAGGAAGGACUCAUGCGAUAAAGGUUGUACAGAAUCUGUGUAAAUUCUUUGAUGAUCUGCUCUACGGCCAUUACACAGCCAUGGAAUGUUUGGUCCGUGAAUGGGUGCAAAGUGACGACAUCGACGCAGUUAUUAUUCAAGUACUUUUUGAACGUUUCACUCUGAAACUCGAAGGUACCACCGAAAAUGAAUCUCGCCAGGCCUUGCAACUUCUUAUCAUGGCCUCCAAUGCUAAAUCUUCAAUUGCAUCCUCAAACAUAUCCACAAUUGAAACCAUAAUUUUAAGUGAUCGUGCCAAAAAAGAUCCACGUCUCUAUACAGGCUGCCUUGAGUUUCUUUUGAAUUCAGUUGAUCAAUCGACAAGUUCCAAAUACUACAAAAGAAUGGAAGCCGACAAUUCUUUGGUACAGAACGUCAUAACAUACUUUCAAAAAUUUUUCUUCCAUCCCAAAGUCCCAGACUUUGACAAGCUUACCAUGAGAACAAUUGAAUUCUUUUACCAUCUCUGCCAACAGCCUGAUAUUAUUUCGCAAAACAUUGUAGUUGAUUUGUCGCGCAAAUUCAAGGAAUUUGUAACCAAAGUAGACGAAAUACGUGCCUCACAAUUGUCUCAGUUUUCUGAUAGUCAACAAAGUGGCACUGAUGAACCCAUUUCAACGAAUAUACGUAUGCCAACAUUUUUGAUUGCACGUUUUAUGUUUUUGAUAGGACACAUGACCAUGAAAGAGAUGAUAUUCCUUGACAUUGAUGUCUACAAUAAUAUGAAGUUUCGUCAGGAACUUACAGAGGAGAAGAAAAAUGCUAAAAAGAAAAAUGCCGCCUUCAAUCAGAAUAAAAGAAAAACCAAUCAUAAUAUGUCGGCUACAGAAUCUCUUAAAAGGCUUUCCGGAACAACAGCUGAACCACAACAGGAGCCUGAUGAUGAUCUUGUUGGAGCAACAGCAGAAGACAGUAUUGCUGAACUUAUAAAUCACAUUUGCGAAGAUGUCAUUUUGAAUGACGAAAAGAGUCUUUUAGCCAAAAUGGUGCCUUAUGUAACUGAAGUCUGCAAAUAUCCAUCCAAAUACAAGGAUCAGCAUUUACAACAGGCAGCCACUUUAACCCUCAUCCGUUUUAUGUCUGUCUCGUCUAAAUUCUGCGAGACUCGAAUGCCAUUCCUGAUGAACAUUCUUAACUGCACAAAGAAUAUCAAAAUCAAAUGCAACAUAGUUGUGGGUCUGUCCGAUCUAACUUUUCGCUUUCCCAAUGCCAUAGAGCCUUGGACUGGUCAUUUCUAUUCGACAUUGCACGAAACAAACGAUGAACUUCGACUGACUGCCGUCAAAAUGCUCAGUCAUUUGAUUCUUCACGAAAUGAUUAGAGUUAAGGGUCAAAUAGCUGAUUUAGCAAUGUGUAUUGUUGAUCCCCAUGACGAAAUCAAGAACAUUACUCAACAGUUUUUCAAAGAAAUAGCAAACAAAUCGAAUAUCCUUUACAAUGUUCUGCCGGAUAUUAUUUCCAAGUUGAGCGAUACAAAUCUGAACAUCGAAGAGGAAAAGUAUCACAUUAUAAUGCGUUAUAUUCUCGGAUUAAUCCAAAAAGAUCGUCAAGUUGAGAGUUUGGUAGAAAAGUUGUGUCUGCGGUUUAAAGUAACAACCGAGGAGAGACAAUGGCGUGAUAUUUCCUUCUGUUUGAGUUUGUUGAAUUACAAUGAAAAGACAAUUAAGAAACUCAUUGAUAAUAUUCAACAGUUUAAAGAUAAAGUCCAGGUGGAUGAAGUGUAUCAAGCAUUUAAGACGAUUAUUUCGAAUACUUCGAAAAUGGCAAAACCAGAGUUGAAAACUUUAGUAACCGAAUUCGAAAGCCGUUUGAAUGAAUGUCUUGAAGUUAGAGAAGAGAAUGCAGAUGCAAAUUUAAGUGAAAAUGCUGAAAAUCGUGGAAAUGAAACAACCAUUGCUAAUAGAAAACAAAACAAGAAACCAACAAAAAAGAAGCAACCGAAUAAAGGAGGUCGAAGCAAAAAAGUCAGAUCCCAAUCUGAAUCUGAAGAAAGUUCUGCUGCGUCAUCAUCUUCAGAGGAGGAACGACCGAAAGCAUCAAAUUCAAACAAGGGAGGAAAGGGUUCAUCAAAACAGAAAACAAGAAGAUCGAUAAGAGUAAUUGAAGAAUCCAACAGUUCAGAUGAAGAACAAAUUCCACAGAGGAAAAAAGGACGCAGCCGGAAAUGAUAUCUCUUGAAAGUUUUUACUUUACUUUAUCAAAUAUGUUUUCAAAAUAUGUAUUACAAAAUAUCAAUAAUUAAUAAACUACAACAUAUAUUAUUUUCAGAUAUGUAUGA